GUACUCACUUCAGAAUGUCAAGAAAAUCAGCCGAAUGACAUUGCCGUAAUAACAUUUAUGACGAACGGCUCCCACAUUUCUCGACCGCUCAAGUUGCUUUGGAGAAAUGCCUGUGCCGCGAAAUCGCAAAGGAUCAUUUCGGAUUGACCGUUGCGAAUGCAAGUGUUGGUUUCCAAGUUUGUAUGGUUUCUUUGGACGGACAGGUCGCGGUAUUCUCAUCUAUUUGUCCUAUCGCAGUACAUGUGCUCGAGCACCAAGGCUUGUCUAUACUAUACAUCGUCUUCCUUACCUUUCCCCCAAAUAUCGUCACCAACCGCACAGCCAUCAUCUUGUUGCACAAUAGAGAAUCAUGAUGGGAGACCACACCAACCCUGCCUCUGCACCUAAAGAACUCGGUGUGGAAGAAUUAGAGCUCAUGAUCCAAUGGUGUACAGCAACGUAUCGCUCUAUCUCCCGGGAUGACACGGUUGAAUGGAUUUGGCGUGUCGUCGUGCCUCGAGAGGCGAUACACCACCCCUUCCUCAUGCAUGGUAUUCUCGCACUAUCGGCACUUCAUCUCGCAUUUGAUAAUAGCGGUACUACAAAGGAGAGUCACUUAAUGAUAGCACGGUCUUACCAGAGCCAGGCCCGGGUCGGCCUGGAGAAGGUGAAGGGUAAACUGAACGACUCCAACACAAACGCAUUGUUCGCGCUAUACCAUAUAUUGAUUGUGUCUGCAUUCGCUCUUCCUCUCAUCGUGGAAUCAAAUGAAGAUCAAACCCCGUUAGACGAGCUUUGCGAGAUAUUCCGGCUCACCAGGGCAAUGGGGGAUUCCAUACCAGCGAUGAUCACCGGGGUCAAGUUAGGGGAAAUGAAAGAAUUAGUUGAAUCCAGCGAUCCGCCGCCACGCAUGCCCGACACGUCACGACUCGCUAUAAUGGCGCUUCUCAGAAUGAACGCGACCUUGGCCCGACAAAAUCCGGCGCAUGAGAGUGAUGUUUAUAGUCCCACCAUCAAGUACUUAGGAGAGUCGCUGGACAAGUUCGCAAGAGGCGGAGAGAUCAUGAUUGCCACAUUUCAGUGGAUCUUUCAGAUUCCACCGCGAUUCGUUGACUUGCUUAGAGAACGACAGCCGUUUGCUCUGAUUGUCCUCGGUCAUUUUGCUGUUAUUCUUCACUCCUUAAGAGAACAUUGGUGGAUGGGUGAAUGGGGAGCCAGGCUUAUUAGGCAGAUUGGACAACACCUCGAUACGGAAGCAAAGCAGUCUUUGAACUGGGUUCUUGAUGCUACGGGAUGCUAUAUUCCCCCACGGUGAGACCAUACUCGUCACGCUUCUAAUACAUUGUCAUGGAAGCCAGUCAGAGGACACCCGGUCAUAUUUGAGCUGCACUUCUCAAGAAUGGCAUGUUGACAACAAGUCAGGCAUAGGGAAGCUGACACCCUUCACAUCUGAGCAAUAAAAUUUUGGCAUCUCUUAAGAAAUAGGGACCAGCUCCGUGAAAAGAAUCGGGCUUAGCGGCGUAACGGAGUACAGGAUCGGAUGGAUUUGUCUACCGAGGCUCAAUCGGAGAGGCAACGGUCACAGCAGGCCUGGGAUCAAGCCAUUAUUUGCAUCGUGCCUGUAUGUAUAUCAUGAUGGAAUGACCAUACUUAAUCAGUGUUCAGAAGAUUUUACCAGAGCAAAGCGAAUAUUACAUGACGAUAAAAUCAUGAGA